UUUCAUUGAAUGGCGAUGCGUGCACUGGUUUAACGAGACAGCGAGUGGCACCAAGGGGAGGUCCCUCUUAGCGCGGAGAUCUGGUGACAAGUUGUACCAGCUCUCAUUAAACUUCGCCUCGGGAUCCGCGCCUAAAUUGGCUACGGGUUGGCCAAUUUGAGGAGAGGAGUUUCACUGACUCUCGGGAUGAGGAGUGUGUUGGCGGCUGCGGUGGUGAUGGUGAUGCCAGCAAUUCACCGGUGAAGCGAAGGGGUUUUAGGGGAAGACGUUACAGCUUGGCUCCAGCGCUGAAUACAAAGCCCAGCAGUCCGAGGGAUCAUAGCCACAACCCAUGAACAGGCACAGGUGGAGUUUAACACUGGACCCCAUGAGGAUAUGCCGGCAGGUCAUUGGAUAUCCAUGCUGUGACUGUUAUUUAAGCGGCUGUGCCAGGAACGUCAGCGAACGAUGUUGAAGCAAGCCAUGCAAUGGAAGUCCAUGUGCAAGGGGCUGGUCCUGGGAACUCUGCUCACCACCUGCAUGAUCCUGCUCUACUCUUUCGCCGCGCCGCCUCACCAACUCAACCUCCAAGAAGUUCCCGUUCCUUAUUCCUGCUCCUACAAACCUGUGCAUCCCAGGAUUGUACCCCAAAUAAAUAACACGCUUUCGAUGCUGGAGCAGAGCAAAGCCUGCACUCCCAAAGAGGACAUCAUGUUCAUGAAGACCCACAAAACGGCCAGCAGCACUAUCCUCAACAUCCUCUUCCGUUUUGGUCAGAGGCACCGGCUGAAAUUUGCUUUUCCCAAUGGCCGGAACGACUUCUACUACCCAUCCUUCUUUGACAGGAGCCAAGUGAAGGACUACAGGCCGGGCACUUGCUUCAACAUCAUCUGUAACCACAUGAGGUUUCACAGUGAAGAGGUCCGCAAGUUGCUCCCUGAAGACACUGUCUACUUCAGCAUCCUCAGGAACCCUGCUUAUUUAUUUGAAUCGUCUUUCCAUUACUUUGGUCGUGUGAUCCCUUUGACCUGGAAGAUCAGUGGGGAGGACAAGCUCGCCGAAUUCCUCAGGGAACCUGACCGAUACUAUGAUCCGAAUGGCUUUAACUCCCAUUACUUGAAGAACUUGUUGUUUUUUGACUUUGGCUAUGACAAUAACUUAGAGUUUGGUGACCCCAGAGUAGAGAAGUACAUCAAAGCCAUUGAUGAACGAUUCCAGUUGGUGAUGCUUCUUGAGUACUUUGACGAGUCCCUCAUUCUCCUGAAGGAUGUGAUGUGUUGGAACAUGGACGACAUCCUGUAUUUUAAGUUGAAUAUAAGGAAGGAUUCCACCAUCUCGAGAAUGAACGGAGAGCUAUAUGAAAAAGCGACGAGAUGGAACCGGAUAGACACCAUGUUGUAUGGAUACUUCAAUGCUACGUUCUGGAGAAAGGUGAGGCAGUACGGCUUCGAGCGCAUGCAGCAUGACGUGGAACAACUGCGCGAGCGCAACGAUCAUAUGCAAUCCAUCUGCAUCGACGGCGGGCGACCGGUGGAUGCAAAUGCCAUUCAGGAGGCGUCCUUGCAGCCGUGGCAACCUCUGGGGGAGCGCUCCAUCAUGGGCUACAACCUGAAGAAGAACAUUAGUCGAAAGCAUAGAAAACUCUGCAGGAAAAUGCUCACUCCAGAGCUACAAUACUUGACUGAAUUAGGGGUUAAUCUGUGGAUAACAAAGUUAUGGUCCUACAUCAGAGACCUGUUCAGAUGGUAGCUUUGAGGCUGGGCUUUCUAUUCAUGUGCCAACCAUGCCACAGGCAUGAGGAACAGCACUGAGGAAGAAAUCCAUGGGCAUCACAUGGAUGCCAUUCCAGAUUGCCAGUGAUUGUAAGGCAAUCAUUCACGCAUUUAAUUUAUCGAGCACAAUGUGAUUACAGUCAGUGUUUUACUUUAUUUCACUUAAGUUUCAUUUGUAAAAUAGUAAUUCAUCUGGAACCAAAAGCCCCACCAUUCUAUGCUCUGUAAAAUAUCUAACUCUCUUUACAGUCCUGACCAUAACUUGUGAAUGGUCACAAAUUAAAUAAUAACUGUGAAUUAAUAGUGUAAUCAGAGAAAUCAGAACUUCAUACAAUGUGAUAAAAACGAUGUGCUUAAAGAUCUAAUGCCAAUGCUUCCAUGUAGACUAAUGAAAGGCCGCAACAAACCAACAAUGAUGCCUAACAAAUCACGUCAGACUUAUGUGAUCAUUUGAUACACAUUUGUAAGGAAAUUUCUAUCAGCCCAUGAAAUCCAGUUUAGUUUAGAGAAUAGGUGGGUUUAGAGAAACAGCUUGGAAACAGGCCCUUCAGCCCACUGAGUCCACAUUGGCCAUUCAUCACCCCUAGGCUAGUUCUAUGUUAAUCCACUUAACGUCCACUCCUUACACACCAGCGGCAAUUUAGGGAGGCGAAUUAACCUACCAAUCUGCACGUCUUUGGGACGUGGGAGGCAACCGGAGCACCCAGAGGAAACCCACGUGGUCACAGGGUGAACGUACAAACUCCACAAAGGCAGCACCCAUGAUCACGAUCGAACCCGGGUCACUGGUGCUGUGAGGCAGCAGCCCUACCGCUGCACCUUUGUGCAAUCCCUGCAGAAUUGCAUUUAUAAUGCCAGACAAGGUAGACAUAGUUCUAAAAGAGUUUGAAUUCAGAUGUGAUUUUUCUCAUCUUAUUAACAGAACCCACCCGUUCAGGUAUUUUCUCACCUCCAGCUCAUUCCACCCACCCCCCACAUUGAUUUAUUUGUAUAAAAUAAUAUUGAUUGGAAAGAGACAAUAGUUUUUAAAUCAAUGUCAUUAUUGGUAGAACAAUUGAAUUGAAGGCAAUCAGUUUUAAUCAGUAGCUCCCUUGCCUCUUCAUCGGAAGGCUAUAAGAGCUACACCCAGGGUACUUGCAUACACCAGGGUAUACUCAACUGCACCAGGGUACUGAGGGCGGCACAGUGUGGCAGUGGUGCAGUUGCCGCCUUACAGUGCCAGAGACUCAGGUUCGAUCCUGACUACGGGUGCUGUCUAUGUGGAGUUUGUACGUUUUUCCCGUGACCGCGUGGAUUUUCUCUGGGUGCUCUGGUUUCCUCCCACACUCCAAAUCCAAGUACAGGUUUGAAGGUUAACCGGCUUUGGUAAACUUGUACAUCGUUCCCUAGUGUGUAGGAUAGCGCUAGUGUAUGGGGUGAUCGCUGAUCGGCGCAGACUCGGUGGACCAAAGGACACUUUUUCUCGCUGCAUCUCUAAAUGUACAACUAAAAAAAACAGAGCAAUUAGUGUUGUGUGACUGGCAAAGAGUGAGUGGAAAAGUCUGGUCUAAAAGUCUACAAAAAUCCAGUCUGAUCCUUCUUAGCUUUAUGAAGGAAGUGUUGCUCUUGUGGGUAAGACUUUAAACCAAAUGCAAAGAAGACGCAAAGUGCAGGAGUGACUCAGCGGGUCAGGCAGCAUCUCUGGAGAACAUGGAUAUGCGACGUUUUGGAUAGGGACCCUUCUUCAUGCCUGAAACGUGACCCAUCAGUGUUCUCCAGAGAUGCUGCUUGACCUGCUGAGUUAUUCCAGCACUUUGUUUAAAAGAAAUACCCAGCAUUUGCAGUUCCUUGUGUCUCCGUUAAACCAAAUUAAUGUUUGCUCCCAGUAGUGGGCCCGAAAGACCCAAAUGCAGAAAGAGUGGAGGUUCUAUCCCUGGAACCAGACCAGAUUUAUUCAAUAUCGACACCCAAAAGGAGGCAGUCAGGUACUAGCACUUUGUGGAAUUGUACAGGGUGAAAAACCUGGCACAUUUCUUAAAUUACAACAGGGGCCACACAUUUGAAAGACCAUCAGUAGUGGUAAAACACUUUGGGACGUAGCUAUGAAAGUUGAACAGAAAUGCAUGUUCUCUCUUUACUUCUCGCCUUUUAAAAGGCUCUCACACACAAUCUGUGGAUCAGAUAUAAGCUUGACCCUCACUGCAAUUUACAAUUCGACUUCAUAAAUGUGGAGUACAUUAAAAGGGCAUUUGGACAGGCACAUGGAUAGGUACAUGUUCUCCAGACAUGCUGCCUGACCCGCUGAGCUGAAUCCAGCACUCUGUGAAACGUCACCUAUCCAUGUUCUCCAGACAUGCUGCCUGACCCAUUGAGUUACUCCAGUACCAGUACAGUGUCUUUUUAUUUGUUACAAACUACUUCCUGGGCAAUGGUUAUUACACAGUAAAGAUCUGGAAACAUUCUGGAGG